ACAAACGCGGUAAAUGUGGAAAUAAAAACAUCGAAUGAUAUCUGUCAAUUCGAGAACUUCUAGAGACAAACGGUUAACGGAAUAUCAAAGAAUGGGUUAAAGUGAAUGAAAUACAAAAUGUUGGAAUCCUGCGUGCUAAUUAGCUGUCAAUAUUUUCAACAAUGACAACCGAUAAAAGGGUUCUAAUUUUUGGUAAAUAUUGUAUGGAAGCGCAUUGUGGAAACUCUCAAGCGAGUGGCCCUUCUGUUACUGUGAAAAUUAUUGUGCUAAACCCCAUUGAUGGGGAUACUUCUCGGUUCAAAUUUGAAAGUGACUCUGUAGUUAGAUGGGAGUGUAGCAAUUACCCAAAUAAUGCUACAAAAGAUGAAAAUGUUGCUUCAAAGGCAUUACAUAGCUAUAAAAUUGGUCCAGUUGUUCUGUUCGAAGGAGUAGAAGACCUUUCCUCGGGUGUAAAUUUUCCAACCCUGUUAGUGAAAUUUAUCAGCCAUGUGGAUAAUUCCAACACCUAUUAUAUAUUUGUUUUAAUACAAGAUAAUGACAUUGCCCCUUCGACUGGUUGUAGGUGGAAACUCUGUCCAAUCAAAUGUUUGAAACCAUCCAUCCCAAGAAAUGACAUUGGUGCAACAAACACUAUCUUCCUAAACACAGGUAGAAUAGUUUUUCACAGCCAAGAAAAACUAUUUGAUUGCUUUGGCAUAAAUGACAUAGAAAUUCCAAUUGAAAAUUUGGAAAACAGUUCCGAAAAAAGAACGUUUUUACAUUUAACCACACACCAAAAUAGGAAAGGUGACCGUUUCAUUGUUGGAAUUGUUUCCGUUUCAUCUCUGUCUGAAUCUGAAGAAGACAUUUUUGAUAAUGUUGAGGAUGGUUGCCAUGGGAUAUCUAAUAAACUGUUUAUAAGAAAACUUCUUAUCGAUAACCAUCAUAAUUCUGAAUUCCACCCCAUUAAAAGUACUGAAAUGUUACCAGUAGAAUAUUCAAAUAUAACCAGUAUCUAUGUCCAUUCCUUUGAAGAAGUGUUAGAAGAACACAGAACUACUAUGGGAACCCAAACCCAUUACAUAUCCAGUAUAUAUGCAAUUGUAUCAAAUAGUUAUUUACUCGAAUUUAAAUCUAAACAGUUGUUGCGCUCCAUUUGUUUAGAGACAGCAUUUAAACAGUGUGGGUUCCUGAACUUGAAGUUGAAGGACAAUGAUUCACCCUCUAUUUUAGGAGUUUUUGAGCUUACAUGUAGUAACAGAAAUAAGCUUGUCAUUUUAAAGAAUGGUACAGACUGCAUCGCUGUUGACACUUCUUCAAAACAGGUACAUCAAUGGUGGAAUGGUAUUGAGAAGAUAUUUAUUUGUGAUAUAUUAUGUAAAGGAGCUGAUCAGUUAUUGUUGAUAUUUGAACCUGUUGUUGAAGAAGAAGAUAUAUCACAGUGGAUAUUAACAGAUUUUGAUAGAGUAUUUAUUGAUAAUAGAGAAGAUACUACUGAAGAAGAUAAUCCAGUUGUUGAAGAUACAUGUCAUGCUGCCAGAACAGGGCUACAGAAACAACUGGAGAGAAUGGUCCUAUCUGUAGAAAGUGCCAAGAAUAAAUUAGAAGAAAAAUAUGAGUUUCUAGCAAAAAAUACCAUUAAACUAGAGAAGAUGACGGAGCAGCAGAAAUUAAGAAGUAAAGUUGUUAAAGAAAGUGAUGGGGGGUGUGUGGAAGUAGCAGAUUUGUGGUAUCAAGUUGUUGAUGAUAAACUGGUUCUAGGUGUCCAUGUUCUCAACAGAACACACAGCUCUAUCUCACGGUUAUCUCUGUCUCUUAUUCAAAAUCAUCAGUCUAACCAUAUAUUAACAUCUAUGUCGAAAUGGCACAUGCGUAUAAUACAGACUAAAGAUAGAAUAUCUUAUGAAGAUGAUAACCCCAUAAUUAAGAAGAUGAAGAUUGAUGAUGAGCACGAGGAUAUCCAUUUAAACGACGAAAUGACAGAACCUAAUGGCAUUCUGUUAUCUGACCAAGAAAUCACAUUAACCACAUAUUGUGAUAUUUUAUCCCUAAAAUUAACCCAGGGAGUCGUUACUUUAUCAGUAUUUCUUCAGUAUUAUGACGUAAGUGUUGAUGGAGAAUUCGGCUUAGACAACAAUAGGUUAAUAAUGAAAAGUUGUAAAAAAGACACAACAUUGACUGCUACGGACAUGACCAAUAAUUCACUAGUUGACAGGCUCUCUCAAACUUCAACUUCCUUCAACUAUACAGACAGUGUGCUUCGUAAAGAUCGAUUAUGCCUCGACACAAUACAAGAUUCCGCACAGAUUUUUAUUAAAGGGAAAUUUGGUCGCCUCGGUAAUCUACACAAUUCUUUAAGUAAACUACAAGGAUUAAUGUACCACCCAAAAUUAAGGUGCUAUAUUCAUAUACAGCCAGGGUUGUUUUAUUUAGUUCGUAUAGAGAUUACACUUUCUACAGAUUUAAAACACGCUACAGCUAUAGUCCAUUACAGAUCACACAGCCAACUGGUUCUAUUUCUCCAGUAUUUGAAGUCUUUGUUUUCUGAUAGUAUUUAUUAUGAGCCAACACCCAGAGAUACCAAAUUACAAAUAAAACACUUCUUACACCAAACUCUUAAUGAAAUUAACUGUGGUUUAUCUUUGGCCAGACACAAUGAAGUAACACAAGCCAUUCAUAAAGAAACCAUCUUAACUGAAUUUAAGAAUAAAGACAGUCGGCUGCAAUCAGAUUUUGGCCAGGAGAGACAGACUCUUCAUUCAGUAACACCUCUAUCAACGCAAGCGUCCAUUCACGUGGACAAAACACAGAAGGAAUUAAGACAUUUAGAGGAAAAAACAGACACGUUUGUAGAACAAUUUAACAAAGACUUCAGAAUGUAAAUCAAGAUUAAAUUUAGAUUAAAUAAAGUUUUUUUCCUCUGUGUAGUGUACAUACAGUAUACACACAUCCUAAUUGAUUGUAAUAUCUUCGCUUUGACUAAAGUAACAAUAAUAUGAAUAUAUUUACAGCUGUAAGUAAAUUUGUUUUCAUAUUUUUUUUUAUAAACAGUAUUUUAUUCAUAGAAACGGAUUGAGGAACAGGUUAGGCCUAUAUUGCCUGGCUCCUAUAAUAAUAUGACAAAUAAUAUUACAAAACAUGAAUAUACAAAAAGAUGUAUAACCAAAACAUGAAAAAGACAGCUAUGAAUAAUUUAAAAAAUAAUUGAACAAAGUGAUCAUGUUAAUAUUU